AUGUUAUGCGCCGUUGUGAGUGCGCAGAGUCCGGACGACUAUAAUGUUUUCGUCAGAGCUCUACCGCCCCAGCAACCCGUACAGCAAGUUUACUCGCCCCAACCACAGCAACCGUACCAACAGGUCCGGGGUCCCUCCCAGUUCCAGUACCAGGACACGUACCCUAGUCAAUACUACCAGGACUACCACCAACCGGCGCCUCCGGUACAGCAACAGAGGCAUCUGCCUCAACAUCCAGUCCCCUCAUCCGUAUCUUCUUCUCAAGAGGAAGAAAAUGACGAUUUCUCAUACCAACAGCCCUAUGAGGCUCCGACCACAAGUACAACAACGAGCACCACUACAACCACCACAACCACUACAACUACGGAGCCACCCACGUUGCCCGUGACGUCGUCGACUGCGGCUCCCAGGGCGGCUGAGGUCCAGAAGAGUCAGAUGAGCGUUUCGUCAUCAGUCGAGAAUAGCGAUAGACAGGGUAAAGCCCAGCAAACGGGUGGACAGAAACCCGUCCAGGUCGUUCAAAAAACCGUCACCAAAGACAAGGAUGGCAAGAAGGAGGAAUACGUCGUCUACUACUACUACUACUACGAUGACGACAAAAAAAAUGAAACCGCCAAAGAACAGCCCGUGGAUUCCCUGGAUUCUUUCGACUCAGACAGCAAAUCGAAAUUCCAGCCGCGAACCCCGAGCUCGACCACCGCUCCUCCUUCCGCGGCAGGAGCGGCGGCAGCUGCGGCAAUCCCGAAAGAAGCGAUUUCUAUUUCGACCGCGACGCCCACGCGCUCCCAAGCUUCCACUUCUGUCAGCACCUCUGUCUCGUCCGGCGCGCCGGGUCCCGAUCACAUUGCUGCCCUGACAGGGGCUCGUCUCAUUCCAGAAACGCACUCUCAGUCUCAUUCGUCGCCAACUAGCCCGACGACCUCGACCUCAACGUCGACGACUUCGACGACAACUUCACCGACGACCUCGUCCACCACCACAACCACCACCGAGACUCCGACGUCAAGUACUGCUGCGUCAGAUGAGCGACGAAAAGGCUUCGGAAACCGCCGCAAGCCUCAGAGACCAUCGGGAGAGAGCGGUAGAACUCGGAGAACGUCGACCACCUCGACAACUACGUCGGCUCCAUCCAGGAGACCCUUGGCCUCACGGAAGCCGCGACCCACGAGACCGUCCCGACUUAAUAGAAAACCCAGACCCAGCACUGAGGCCCCUAAGGAGGGCGAGGACGGCAAGGACGAGCAGAAGGAUGCUGUCAUUACAGCGCCCGAAGGCGACAAGCCAGGAAGGAAGAGAUUUGGAGGUGGACCGAGACCCCGAGGUCCCAAGAGAACGACAGCGGCACCGACUGAGGGAGAUGAUAGCGCCCCGACCACAGUUGCUCCCAGGAAACCUCUGCCCACUCGAGGAACUGCCGGCGGUUUGUUCGGCAAAGGCCAAGGAAUCCGGGGUCCACGACCGAGACCCGGCAGACGGCCAAUCAAAAAAGAAGAGCCUACGGCAAGCGAAGCACCGCUCGAAGAGGAAAACAAACCCGCGGAAGCAGCGCAGCCCGAUGAGACUGCUGUAAAAGUCGAGCCAAAGUUGGAUGAGACUCCAGCGGAAGGCACACCGGAAGCGACUACGGCGGCUCCGGCUCGGGCUCGGCAGAGACAACGGGGAGCGCUCUUCGCCGGUGGAAGACCUCGACCCAACUUGAAACGACCUGCAGCCAGCACCACCGUCACUGCAGAAAACUAG